AUGUCUUGCUCAUCUCGCGUGUCCUCCUCCAGGGCUGGUGGCAGCAGCUUCAGCAGAGGAAGCAGAUGCAGUCUGGGGGGAGGCUCUGCCCGGGGAUUCCGAGGAGGGGCCGGCAGCUGUGGCCUGAGUGGGGGCUCCAGCAGGGGCUUUGGAGGCAGCUCUGGAGGGGGUUUUGGUAGCUGCUCAAUAGGGGGCAGUUUGGGAGGAGCUUCAGGCUCUGGGAUUGGCUUUGGUGGAGGUGCUGGAUUCGGAGGGGGUGCUAGCGGAGGCUUCUACAGCUAUGGUGGUGGUAUGGGUGGUGGUGUUGGCCAUGGGGGGCUUUUCUCUGGAGGUGAAAAGCAAACCAUGCAGAACCUCAAUGACUGGCUGGCCAAUUACCUAGACAAAGUCAGAGCUCUGGAGGAGGCCAACGCUGAUCUGGAGAACAAAAUCAAGGAGUGGUAUGACAAAUUUGGGCCUGGGUCUGGAGACGGUGGAGCUGGAAGAGAUUAUAGCAAAUACUAUCCAAUCAUUGAAGAUCUUAGGAAUCAGAUCCUUACUGCCACUAUUGAAAAUGCUGGAAUUGUUCUGCAAACUGACAAUGCCAGACUGACUGCUGAUGACUUCAGACUGAAAUACAAGAACGAGCUGCAUCUCCGGCAGACCGUGGAGGCUGACAUCAAUGGCCUGCGGAAAGUCCUGGUUGACCUGACCAUGACUCGCUCUGACUUGGAGAUGCAGAUCGAGAGCCUCACAGAGGAGCUGGCCUUUCUGAAGAAGAACCACCAGGAGGAAAUGAAGAGUAUUCAAGGAAGCUCCGGAGGGGAUGUGACCGUAGAACUGAACCCAGGGACAGACCUGACUAAGUUACUGAAUGACAUGAGGGCACAGUAUGGGGAGCUCGCUGAGCAGAACCGCCGCGAGGCUGAAGAGCAGUUCAACAAGCAGAGCACAUCUCUGCAAGCACAGAUCUCUACCGAUGCUGAUGCCAGGUCAGCCAGUUCCACCAAGAAUGAGAUCACAGAACUGAAACGCACUCUGCAAGCCCUGGAAAUUGAGCUGCAGUCCCAACUGGCCAUGAAAAGCUCCCUGGAAGGGACCUUGGCUGACACGGAGGCUGGCUACAUGGCCCAGCUGUCACAAAUUCAGAUGCAGAUCAGCAGCCUGGAGGAGCAGACCUGUCAGAUCCGGGGUGAGACUGAAUGCCAGAACACAGAGUAUGAGCAGCUGUUGGACAUCAAGACCUGCCUGGAGAUGGAGAUCGAUACCUACCACCACCUGCUUGAUGGAGAAGGAGGUGGUUCUGGUUUUGGAGGAUCUAAUUUUAGAAACUCGGGAUCAGAAACAGGGUCCAGAAACACCGGAUCCAGGGAUUCAUCCACGUCUAGUGACUCAAGAUCUGGAAGCUGUUCUGUCCAAGGAAGAUAUCCAAGCAAGACUAGAGUGACUAAGACCAUCGUAGAGGAGGUGGUGGAUGGCAAAGUUGUCUCAUCUCAACUCAGCAGUGUUUCUGAGGUGAAACUGAAAUAGGCAAUUUCCAGAUGAACAAGAGUGUCCUUCAGAGAAAAAAAUCUAAAAGACACGAAUGAAGAAGUUGCAUCAAUCUAGCCAUCUUUCCGGAUAACUUCAGGAAAAAGU